AUGUCCAGCUGGGACUCACCACCGGAUUACCCCCUCAGCUCAGACUUAGUGGGGAGAUUAAAGUCUGCCCUGGCCACUGGGGACAACGACACUGUACAGGAACUGAUCUGCACUGAGGUGGAGCCCGUGGACGCCGUGAUAGAGCUGGCUAAUGACGACUGGAUGAAGGAGCCCUCAGCUCAGCUGCCCACAGGCGCACUGCUAGGAGACCUGGAUCAUAUUCGAUUCCUCAUGGACCAGUUCUUCCAGGAUGCCAACGUGGUGUUUGAGAUAAGUAACGGAGAGAUGGAAUGGCAGUUGACAUCCUUGGCCACCUUUGGGCUCUCAGGCCUCUGGACCCUGGAGUACAAGCGGGAGCUCACCACACCACUGUGCAUCGCUGCGGCCCAUGGCCACGAGUUCAGCGUGCGACACCUUCUCAGUCGCAACGCUGAUCCGGAUGCCAGCCCCGGAGGUCGUGCUGCCCUACACGAGGCCUGUCUCGGGGGCCAUACCGCCUGCACCCAGCUCCUGCUGCAGCAUGGGGCAGACCCAGAUCUGCUCAGCGCGGAGGGCCUGGCACCCCUGCACCUGUGUCGCACACCCGCCUCUCUGGGGUGCGCACAGGCACUGCUGGAGCAUGGUGCGACAGUACAGCUGGAGUGCGGCCCCGGACGGGACACACCGCUGCACGUGGCGGCCCAGCACGGCCUGGAUGAGCACGCGCAACUCUACCUGGACAGCGGCGCGCGCGUGGACGCGAGGAACGGCCGCGGCGAGACGGCCUUGAGCCCAGCGUGCGGAACGGCGACGCGGAGCCCCGACGAACACGCGCGCUGCCUGCGCCUGUGCGCGCUCCUGCUACGCGGCGGCGCGGCGGCGGACGCGCGCGAUGAGGACGAGCGCAGCCCGCUGCACAAGGCCUGCGGCCGCGCGCGCCCCAGCCUGUGCACGCUCCUGCUGCUGCACGGCGCCGACGCGGGCGCGCUCGACUACGGUGGCGCGUCGCCGCUAGCGCGCGCGCUGCAGACAGCCACGUGCGCGCCCCCGGCAGCGCCACAGCGAACAGUUCAGGCUCUACUCAACCUUGGAUCCCCCUUGGUGUGGCCCGACGCCUUCCCCAAGGUGCUGAGGACCUGUGCACAGGUGCCCGCUGUCAUUGAAGUUCUGUUCAACUCCUACACCCAGCUCUGUGUUUCUGAGUCCUGGCAGGAGGCGAUCCCUGAAGAGGUGUACCAGAUGCACGAGCGUUUCUACAGGUCUUUCUUCGCCUUGGCACACACCCCGCGUUGCCUGCAGCACCUUUGCCGCUGUGCCAUCCGAAAACUCUUAGGCAAGAAGUGCUUUCACCUUGUGCCCCAGCUCCCCUUACCUGAGACCCUGCAAAAUUACCUGCUUUUGGAGCCAGAGGGUGUUUUGCAUUGA